CCCAGCGCAGUCCACAGAGUCCCCUUCGGCUCUGCCCAGCCCGGGCUGGGGGCCCGGGGGCAGCGGUGGGUCCCGACCGGCUCCCGGGCCGAGCCGAGCCCCGCCAAGCCGCACUGGCUUCUUUGUCUGCGGGAGGCGGCCGCCCCGGCCCCGGCCCCCAGUCCCCUGGCCCCGGCUGUGAGAUGAAUCUCUAAUCGGUGGCCGCGGGGUACCCGGGGCGAAGGCGGCUCGGGCUAGGGCUCCGGAUGUGCUAGGUGUGGGCUGCCCACAUCAACAAGGGACCAUGGAUCCUGGCGCCGGGCCAGAGUCGUCUCUGACUGUCAACGAGCAGGUCAUCGUGAUGUCAGGCCAUGAGACCAUUCGAGUGCUGGAAGUUGGAGUGGAUGCCCAGAUCCCUGCUGAGGAGGAGGGCAAAGGUCUGGAGGGGGUGGCCAUUGAGGGCUCCCAGAGCGGAGGCCCACCUGAAGCCAGUGAGCCUGGUGCUGCAGGAGGGUCAGACAACCCAGACUCCUCUGCAGAGGCGACUGUGAAGUCACUCCCUGGGGUCCCUCCGAGCCCUGCCCCCGAAGUCGCCACCUUCAGCCAAGCCCCAAGCCAGCCUCAGGCAUCACAGACCCUGACACCACUGGCUGUACAAGCUGCCCCCCAGGUCUUGACUCAGGAAAACUUAGCCACAGUUCUGACAGGAGUUAUGGUUCCAGCAGGGGCAGUUACUCAACCUCUUCUUAUCCCCAUCAGUAUUGCAGGUCAAGUGGCUGGUCAGCAGGGGCUGGCCGUGUGGACAAUUCCUACAGCAACCGUGGCUGGCCUCCCAGGACUGACCGCUGCUUCUCCCACGGGGGGAAUUUUCAAGCCACCUUUAGCCGGUCUCCAAGCAGCUGCCGUGCUGAACGCUGCGCUCCCGGCACCGGUCCAAGCCGCCCCGCCGGUCCAGGCCUCCUCGCCCGCCCAGCCGCGGCCACCACCAGCCCAGCCCCAGCCGCUGUUCCAGCCCCAGCCGCUGCUGCAGACCACGCCGGCCAUUCUGCCGCAGCCCACUGCUGCCGCCGCCGCUGCCCCCACCCCCAAGCCGGUGGACACCCCCCCGCAGAUCACCGUCCAGCCUGCAGGCUUCGCGUUUAGCCCAGGAAUAAUCAGUGCUGCUUCCCUCGGGGGACAGACCCAGAUCCUGGGCUCCCUCACUACAACUCCGGUCAUUGCCAACGCCAUUCCCAGCAUGCCGGGGAUCAGCAGUCAGAUUCUCACCAACGCUCAGGGACAGGUUAUCGGAACACUCCCGUGGGUAGUGAACUCGGCCAGUGUGGCGGCCUCAGCACCAGCCCAAAGCCUGCAGGUCCAGGCUGUGACCCCGCAGCUGUUGUUGAAUGCCCAAGGCCAGGUGAUUGCGACCCUGGCCAGCAGCCCCCUGCCUCCGCCUGUGGCUGUCCGGAAGCCAAGCACGCCUGAGUGCCCAGCUAAGAGUGAGGUGCAGUCCAUCCAGCCCACGCCAGCCAUACCCCAGCCUGGUGUGGUCAUCGCCAGCCCAGUCUCAGCGGCCAAGCCGUCGCCUUCUGCUCCUAUUCCAAUUACCUGCUCAGAGACCCCUACUGUCAGCCAGUUGGUGUCCAAGCCACAUACCCCAAGUCUGGAUGAAGAUGGGAUCAACCUAGAAGAGAUCCGGGAGUUUGCCAAGAACUUUAAGAUCCGGAGGCUCUCUCUAGGCCUCACACAGACCCAGGUGGGUCAGGCUCUGACUGCGACGGAAGGGCCAGCCUACAGCCAGUCAGCCAUCUGCCGGUUCGAGAAGCUGGACAUCACACCUAAGAGUGCCCAGAAGCUGAAACCGGUGCUGGAGAAGUGGCUGAACGAAGCUGAGCUCCGGAACCAGGAAGGCCAGCAGAACCUGAUGGAGUUUGUGGGAGGCGAACCCUCCAAGAAACGCAAGCGCCGCACCUCCUUCACCCCGCAGGCCAUCGAGGCUCUCAACGCCUACUUCGAGAAGAACCCCCUGCCCACGGGCCAGGAGAUCACGGAGAUCGCCAAGGAGCUCAACUACGACCGGGAGGUCGUGAGGGUCUGGUUCUGCAACCGGCGUCAGACGCUCAAGAACACCAGCAAGCUGAAUGUCUUUCAGAUUCCCUAGGGCUCGCUGGCCCGGUCUCAGCACUUUGUACUUGUCCCUCGGUGGCCGCCGCUGUGACAGCGCCGUCAUCCUGCCACCUGCGAACGUGCUUGUCCCAGGUCGUGAGGCUACACUGUGUGCAUGUGCGUCAGCCCCUCCUGCCCCCCAGCUCACAUCACGGGGAGGGCAGAGCCCCAGGCUCGGGGCUGGGGCGCCGAGGGAGAGGGGUCGUGGUGUGACUUGAAAAAGCACUUUGCUAGCUUGGUCUCUGACGGGUGAGUCCUGGCUCCAGCCUCCUUGGGCUGGGGUGGCCUCCCGCAGCCCCCACGGACCGCCGGCCAUUAGCUCCUGUUUCGGUGGUUGUGUCCCGCCUGUCCUUCGUUGCUGUGUGUGCACGGGCCAGGCGGCUCCGGCCUCGUCUGUCCGCUUUGCUGGCAGCGGCCCUCAGAAGGACCCAGGCAGGAGGGCAUGAUGCUGCUCAGCGGUCAGGCUCAGUGCUGGUCUUGACCUUGAGGUUAGAAGCCUCCCACAGCCCUGGGCCAGAGCAUGUGAUCCCCUCUCCUCUCCCUGUUCCUGUGUUGGGGGGUGGGGGGCUGGUAGUAACACUAAAACAGAACCUUUUGUGACUGGUGUGAGGAGGAGUCAGCCGUGAACCGGCCGUCCUGGAAUUGACCUUGGUCUGCAGCAGGUGGGGAACUUAGUAAGGAAGGCCAUCUCUCCAGUCCAUGGCCAAACCUCCCUGCCCUCUCCCCCUACCCCGCCCCCAAAUGUGGGUAAGAGAACUGGCACCCUAGAAAACCCUGCUGCCCAAGCAAGCAGGCGACGGGGUAAAGUGACGAGAGGAACACCGACUCCCUCUCUCCUGUCCUCACACUCACCUCCAACCCUGAACAAGGGCUUCUCAGAGGAGCAAAUUACACACUAGCUAGACAGCAAGGCCUGGGGGAAGGUGACCCUCCAGAAAGACCCGAUGGCAGACACGCACAAAGGUCUUGCAUGGAAGGUGACUUAACUCCAGUUUCGCUGCAGCUUGAAGCCCUGGGUACUGGAGGAGAAAUGCUAGCUGGCCCAGAGUCGCCCUGCUUGUGUAAUCGGUGUCCCAGGGCGGCUCUGGGGCAGGGCAGAUCUUGCCCUGGAGAGGGAGCCGAGGCCCAGGGGUCCAGCUGCCUAGUGCGUCUCUGGUCUGGCUGCACCUGCAACCGGAGCUCAGCCAGCCAGCCCGUAGGAGAGCCCCGGUCGGUGUGCUCAGGUGAGCCCAGGCUUGCUGUGUGGGCUCCCUGGAGGACCGCGGGUCCCAGGGCCACCACUGCCUCUUCACUGCUCUUGUCCUGCCAGGGCCAGGCGUCUCACCUCACUUCAUACCCCCUGAGCUGGCUGCCAGGAGAGAGCACCUGGCCUUCUCUGUUGGUCCCUGGCGGAGACCUCCUUCACCUGCUUGCUUCCUCUGGCCUGCUGCGUUUCCUUCACUGCCCACAGCUGGCUCCAUAAUGCCAGGGUGACCACCCUUUUCAUUAGCCCUGCCAUCGAGGGGGCAGUUGUAUAUCAAAUUGCCUGCCUCCUCCUCCUCCCUCCCCCCCCUGCCACAUUUGGACCAAUCAAAGCUCUUACAGUGUGACAGGAGGUGGGGACAUUAAGGCUCAUGGGGACUGAGGAAGUUGGGGGGCAUCUUGUUUGCUCCUGCUGCCGCCCAGCGGACUCCACGGGGGGAGACACACACUCAAAUUCAGGAUGACCCUGCGUCAUUUUGCUGCGCCUUCACCUAGGAGGGGCAUUGUAAACGCAUCUUCAGCACGCGUAGUCUGUCCUGGCGUUGGUACAGGGUUGUGACAACGAGUUAAGAGAGAUGCAGGUUUCACCCUCAAACACUAAUUGCAGAUAUGCUUGCUUUUGGGGGACACAAGUCCCCCUGGUGCCCCAGGAGUAGCAUAUAAUCCAGGGUGUGUCUGUGGUGGUGGGUACACAGAGCACAUGGCUGGCGAGGCCGGAAAAGGUAGACCGGGCCCUGCGAUCUCAGUUCUUCCCUCAUGUAAAUGGUCUUCCCAAGGCCUGGCUGGAAUGAAACCGUUUCUCAUCCGGCAGGAGGCUGGGUCAGCUUUCAGAGGAACAAUACCAGAGGCAGAAAGUUGGCUGGCAGAAUUCCCCAGCAGGGGGUGCCUUCAGGUACCUGAAGCAUGCUCAGAAUCAAGCCAGCCUUCCAUCUUUGCGUUUGGUCUCCCCCCCCCCCCAAAUCCCACCACAGGAUCCCCGGAAGCAGCCCAGGCGCUGAGCUGGCUUUCUUGUUUUGCUUUUGGUAGUAUUGGGCUCUGAAGGGGGCUGAUAUGAAUUUUGUUUUGAAAGCUCCUUUCUGGACUUAUGCCAGAGCUUAGUUACUUCUUUGCCUUGGAAAGGCAAGCAAACAGGCAAGAAUGGUUUAACUGUUUGUGGUUUUAUUUGUGUGUAGUUUUGUUUGUUUGUUUGUUUUCAAUGAAAGACCAAAACUUUCUAUGGUCCUGUGAAUCAGCUGGGGCCUUUGAUCCUGCACUGACCAAGCAUUUUAUCCAGGUGGGGUUCAGGGAAAGAAUUCUGCCAAGUGGAUUGAGGAACACACUUGAAUGUGGAAUGAGAGACCUUGAUGUUUUCGUGUCCUUGGAAAUCCAAUCACGUUCCCUUACCUGGAUCCCCUUCCUGACUCUUGGACCAGGCUCUGACAAUAAGGUUCUGACAGUCCCUGACAUGAGCCAAAGCCUGCCAUGGGCUGGAGUGAGGUGUGGGGGCGGGGCGAAGGGGGGGAUG